AUGGUCAACGAGGAAGGAGAGAAACUGAAGUGCUCAACUCGAGAAUUCUAUGGUGACGCCAAAUACAAGUACAGCAACGCCAAGAUCAAGCGGUGGUACGAUAAGAGCCCGGAGGUGCUCGAGGCCAUCCGCAACAUGCCCACCAAGAAGACCUCGGAGAGCACCAAAUUCCUAGCUUACGUGCACUAUAUGCUGCCCAGGCUCGACAUGCUCCUCGUCUACCACAUGAGGCAGGGCUUUAGGGGGCUCAAGUUCAAACGGUAUAUCUCGGCUCAGAAGAAGCUUCAUUCGCUCUGCAAAGCUAUCACCAGGCGAGUAGGGUGCAAGACGGUGGUGGGCUUCGGAGACUGGUCGAACAAGGACUCCGGAGGCAUCAUCAAGGGAUCUCCGUCCGGGCCAGUGAAGCGACUGGAGCGGGAGCUUCGCAAGCAUUGCAGGGUGGUCUCGAUGGACGAAGUUCAGGACCAGCAAGCUGCACUUCGACUGCAAGACGCAGCUGCACAACCAGUAUUCGGAGAAGCGGUGCAAGGAUGGGGCGAAAAAAGGCCACCACCGAUGGCCACCAGAACACGACGGAAAAAGAUCAGCCCUCCAGUGGAUAUGUACGCGUUCAAGAGGGCUCCCGGCGUACGAAAACGAUUACAAAUGAGGAAGAAAGGGACCUCGGACCCGAGUAGACCGCUUCCCUUCUCUCUGACGGGUUUCGACAACCGGGUUUACGAGCAGGCGCGGACAUUCGUGGAGACACUGGAUGAUCCAGGGGACGUCCCUCCGCAGAUCACGGUCGGUGUUUAUCCGAAUGGAGUUCCAGUCGAAUUCAACGAUCUACAAACCUUGCACAACGGCGAGAUCAUCAGUGAUGCGAUCGUGGACGGCAUGUGCAAGCUAAUUAACAACAAGGACGACUGCAUCGCAUACCCAAGCAUCGUGUAUACGAUGGCGACUCACGGGCAGAUCGGCCCCCUCCUGAAUCGCAACCAUGAGAGCGUGUGGAAGGACGGCAACGACGACCGGACGAGGACCAGGAAACUAGCCCCCUACAACUUUCGGAGCAUCGCAGAAUUGGUUUCGCAGCCGAACAUGCGAGGGGUGCGGUACGUGUUCAUGUCCAUCAAUCUCGCAAACUACCACUGGGUGCUCGUCGCUUAUGACGUGCUCAACAGCCGCCUCAACAGUUAA